AACUGUUUGGGAAGUUUACAGUGUUACUGUGUAUUGGAGCGUGAGAACUUGUGCUUGUGAAGGAAGAGUUGUUCAAGCAAGUUUUAGAAUUGAUAUUUCUUGCUGCUCGAAAGUUGUUGUUGGACAUUUCAAGGAGAAAAUUAUCAAACGGAAGAAGUCAUUACGGGGUAAUCAUCGUGCACGGACGGUGAAACAACAGCAAUCAUGAUUUCGGAAAUGUACAAUACGGUCUUCAACAAGGCCCGCCUCAGUGGCAUUCGCGUGGUUCCGGAGAACGCACCGUCCCUGUACCAGGAGUGCGUGAAAGCGUUCGUGGCCGAGGUGAACCGCACCAACAAGAAUGGCAAGCGCAUAUCGGAGUUGCAAUUCCUGCCGACGGCGGCGCUGGUUAAUAUCUUCGAAGAGAUCUGCAAGUACCCGUCGCUGCGUGGGGUGUUGCGCCAAGAGCUGUCCGAUCCGGUUCUGUUUAUGCGGAUCUUCACCGGGCACAGCUCCCACCAGCUGACCGUCGACCGUUGUCUGCGGGAGGCCAGCCUGAGUGGCAAGCCAGUUUUACCUGAUCUAAGCAGAAACUACUGUGAUAUGGUGCGGCAAGACCCACUCCCCGUCGGAUCGUCGCUCUACAUGAGUCGCAUUUUGGGCGCUCUCAAGCUGGGCACGUUCCUGCACGAGGCCGGUUGGGCCGCAUCCAGCGUGGACGUGUUGUCCAUCGCCAAGGACAUGAUCUCAUCCAUCGAGGACAACCGUUUCCACGACCAGCUGAAGCGUGAGUGCAUGCAACAACUGCUCCGGGCCCAAACCAGCUGCAUGGCCACGGAAGAAGCCGAUCGUACCUGCGAGACGCUGCUGUCACUCAUCGAAGACGUCACCGACGUCGGCGUUCUAGUCAAGUCGUUCCUGCAGGUGGCCAACCACCACUACAUCGCGGAACGUGUCGACCAGUGCCAUGAAUGGGCACUCAAAACCAUGAGCCUGAUCACAGACUCCACACCGAUGGAUGACGUCAUCGAGGUGCUCCAACUUGAGGCUCUUUUUUGUUUCUCCAAGCAGCGCUACGACCUCGGCAAUAUGCUAAUCAGCCAGGCUAUUCAUCGUGCACGAUCGCACUACGGAACCCCACACCGGCGGUACGCCGACGUCCUCCAGACCUACGGCCAGUGUCUGCUGCAAAUGAACGCCAUCUCGGACGCCAUCUCGACCUUCGUCGAACUCCUGGACGUCACCACCCAGCUGUACGGCCGUCUCACCCCGCACGUCCCCGUCAUCCAGGGUCACAUCGCCGUCGGACUCUAUCUUAAGUCCCAAGCCACCGGCCGCUUCGACAUGGCCCUGCAGCACAUCGAAGACGCCAUCACCAUGGCCCACCAACUGACGCCCUCGAACCGCCAGGUCACCGAGCACCUGGCCACCAUCCGGACGCUUGUGCUGAAAGGACACGACGCCGCCCUGGCCGCCACCAAAGAAAGCAAACCAACCAAAGCGGCCAACUAUCAGCGCUUCAGCUUCUCGGAGAUCCGCGAAAAGUACUUUGAGCUGGAUGCGUCCUUCGAGGCGAUGGCUUGUUAAUUGAUUAGUGUUUAAGCCCACACUUCCCCCCCCCCUUUUACAAGUAUCCCGCUUAUGUUAAGCCAUACCACAAAAGACUUUUGCAUGUAUUUGUUAGUUUGUAAGAGUACGUGAAGAAUCAUGAAGAUAUUAUACGAAUAUAUAACAAUAAUAAAAGACAAGUUUUUAUAAAUA